AUGCCCUCAAAAGGAAUCUGCCCGCUAACGACUCCAGCCCCCAGACCACCCCUCGUCUUCAUUGCCAUUCUGGAGUAUUUGGUCAGUCUGCUCCGCCAAUCGAAUAUCCGCGUCGAGCGCGCCCCGCGUGAAAGACGUGAUAUCACAGGGGGGAUCCGAUCGGCCAUUGGGGUGGGCCCCCGGAUGUUUGUCGAUGGGAACGAUAGCCCACACCCUAUCACACGCCAUCUCCAUCCACCCCUCCAGAACCACCUAGCCGACGCCGCGGCCAACGCCAUUUGCAACCCAUCCGCCCGCCACGCACAUUCCCGCGCCGAUGAGCGCGGCACCGCCGAUUCUGUCCUUGCCGAUCAUACCACAAAACCCCCAUGCUGUCGUGAUCACCUCUCUGCGACAACUUGUGCUCGCCUCCUCCGCUCGAACCCACGCCAUUUUGGUGAUCGAUGCAAUCUAGACGCGGAAUUUCGACUGGUCCAAUGCUGCGGAACUUGCAAUAAAAGCGGCCUGGCGAUGGCCUACGAUUUGGUGGCUAGGUCCCUAGUUUCGGCCCAAUGCUUUGAUCGUCACGGACCUGGUUUCUGCAGUCGGUACGUUAAUAGCACAGAACCGUACCAUCAGCCGGUGAAGCCAUGGAAGUGCGAUGGGGAGAAUCCGCAGAUUGCUUUUCGAUCUUGUCGACAGUCGUGUGGGUUUUGCGACUUCAAGAUCGUUAACUACACGCUGGAGAACGCGAUCAAGGCCUGCAAGGUGAGCGUCCAAAAAACAUGGCGCGAUCGCUGGGGCCCAAGGAUGAAGCCGGGACAUCUCGAUCGAAUUGGC